AUGAAACGAUUCGUGACAAGCCUUUCCAUGGAGCGCAUGCCCGACUAUGAAGUCACCCUGCACGCCUAUGUCACUCCCCAUCCCGAGAACACACCCCCAUUGACAGAUACCAAUAUCAAUAAUUACCAAUACCAGGGCGACAAUCGCUCGUCCUACGAGGAAGAAGCCACCGACCCCAUCACACCCACCCUGCACAACCCAUCCCAGUCCUACGCCGACCACACCAAGGAGUCGGCCAGCAGUGUCGCGGAGAAAAUCGCCGAGGCGAUGCAGCCGGGCGAUAACAAGAGCACGACGAGGCUGUUGUCUGAUACGCCGACGGGGAUGCGGGCCGGGGAGUGGGACGCUUCUGUUGGAGGCGGGGAUAGACGGCGGGAUCGGGAGAAGGAGGAAGAGGGGACGGGGGUGUUGCAGGCUGCGCAGGAGGCUGUUGCGAAGGCGUUGGGGGGUGGAUCGCGGGGGACUAGUUGA